AUGGGCUGCACAUACUCUGGCCAAAGCAGCAGAAACGAGGGCGCGGUGCGUUCUUUUCGAGUGCACAAUGUUGACGAUCAAGGGGUUAAACUGAGCAGAGGCAAUAUUGAGAUCAGAGACAAUGACUUGCUGCUCUACCAGAAAGGGAAGGAACCCAUCCGGUGGCCCCUGCAUUGUCUGCGGCGCUAUGGCUUUGAUGCCGAGCUCUUCUCUUUUGAGAGCGGCCGCCGGUCAGCGACCGGGGCCGGGAUCUACGCCUUCAAGUGCGCGCACGCGGAGGCGCUGUUCAACCUGGUGCAGGAGAGCAUCCAGCGGGCCGGGGAGGAGGCGCAGCGCGGUCAGCAGCCUCAGCCACAGCCGCAUGUCAACCACACGGUGGCUGCCCCGCCAGGAAAUCAGCCACUGAUGGACUGGGGUGUGCCUGUCCCAGGAGGUCCUCCCCAUCACCACGAGUCGUUCAGCCAUUUUGUGCCGCCCCCUGGUGCGGACGACAGCCCGGACAUGCAGCACGCGGGCCGUGAGGGCAGCUCUCACCUCUACGUCAACGGCGUGGUCAACAGAGACAACCCACAGCACGAGUAUCUCAACGCGGGGCCGCAGGUGGGAGCCAUCGGGGCCUUCCAGAUUGACGAGACGGCGGCGCUGAUCGAGUUUCUUCAUCAUCCUCCGGGAUUCGGAGGGGGGAAUGGCCGCUCGCAGGUGAACUAUGCGGAGCUGUACAUGCCCGAGGCCCCGGCCAGUGUGGAGAACCUGGUGGAGGAGGCGAUGGACAGGAAAGACGAUGGGUGA